AUGGACCGUCUCGUUCAUGCAACCGAGCUCUACCAUGAUCUGGAAGAUGGCACACUGCCUUCAUUCUCGUAUCUAAAUCCGGAAUGCUGUACAGUUGACUCGAUGUAUCCUACGAGCAACAUGGCAGCAGGGGAGCAGAUGGUCAAGCACUUGUACGACGCCCUACGUCGCUCCAAGUACUGUGACAAUGCGGCAGUUCCGUUCCCUUCUCCCCAUGCUAAUGUUCUGAUCAUCAACUUUGAUGAGCAUGGCGGGUUUGUUGACCAUGUCCCCACUCCAUUCAACGUGACUCAACCCGAAGAUGGUAUCAUCUUCAAAGGCAUGUCAUCAAAUCACAAUUUUCCGUAUGAUUUCACACGUAUGGGGGUCCACGUCCCUGCCUUCAUACUCUCACCUUGGGUACCCGCCAACCUCCUCAUCCACGAUCAAGGCACUAUGUACGCCGAAAAUUCGGCAUAUACUCAUAGUUCAAUCUUGCAUUUCCUGCAGGAGCUGUGGGGACUUGAGGGCUUGAAAAACAGGUUGCAGUGGGCCAAGACCUUUGAAAUGGCUUUCACCAACAAACAACGAGACGAUACACACAAGAAGUUGGCCAAACCGACCUGGUAUGGCGGUAGUGGACAGCCGGAACCUGAACCGUUCGUCCUAUUGAAUCAAGAUGAGAGCUACUAUGCACUUCGCAAUGCUCAGGCUAAGGCAUGA